AUGAUAUUACCAAGAAGGAAGGUUAAGGCAUUGAUGGAAAUUUUUGCUUUUGUUUUGGUAAUAUGUAUCAUCCAAUUGAGGAUCAGAAUGGAAAAUUUUAUCUUCAAUUUUAGCUUUUCACCUCAUAAUAAUUCAUUAAUCCCAACCCAAUUUGUCUCACGGCCUGCGGACUCCCAUCCUCUCUCACCGACUUUGACCAGAAAAGAAAGGACACUUACAAAUGGUAAGGUUCACGGGUCUUUGGUACGUGCAUGUAAGGUGAGAGGGCAGACUCCAAAGGUGGCCAAGCAAGACAAGAAGAAGAAGCCUAGAGGUCGCGCCUAUAAGCGGAUGCAGUACAAACGCCGUUUUGUCACCGCUGUUGUUGGCUUUGGGAGGAAGCGUGGACCCAACUCUUCGGAGAUGUGAGGUUGGACUUGUUGGAGUCCUGCAUAAUAGGAUGUUUGAAAGUUUGAUGGGAACAUUAUAUUAAUUUUUUUUUGGCUUCAUUACCAUUAUGUUGUUCUGAAUUACUUUGGAGCCUUUUUUCGGUUUAAUGAAACUAAAUACUGGUAUGUUUUGAUUUCAAAUAUUACUAAGAGCCCCGACGUCUCAUCCUUUACGAUCUUUAUUUGAGUCUCUGAAUUUCAGCGAGUGAUAUGGAAUGUAGAAGUUUGAUAAAUUGAGAUGGUUAAAUUGGUCCCAACUGCUGCUGUUUUUGACUCUACUCGUAAAUUCAAUUCGCUACUUAUAAAAUUCAUUUAGGUUAGGUUUUGUUCAGAUGAGAGGUGUGGCUAUCUAUCUCCUGUUAGUUCGAGAAAAUUAAACGAUUUGCCAAUAUGGGUAGUAAUUUUCUAGAUAGCAGGCUGCAGAUUUUGUAGCUGGUUUACUGUUGAAGGUGCGUUCGAAGACCU